GAGAGGAGAGGAGAGGAGGGAACACCAUAAUUACUACUUGAAAUCUUCAAAUCCAAUCCACCGAUCACAGAAGUAAAAGUAAAAUAUACUAGUACUCCCUAUCAAUCAUUCGCAGAGAAGUGAAGAAGAAGAAGAACAUGUUGCCUACCGCCUCAACAAAGGGCCGAUCGGGCCCGCAACCCCGGCCGAAUUCCUUCUUCCCCUACCUCCGCAGAAUAGUCAAGUGGCAACAGAUGGAUAUUGAAUACACUUUCUGGCAAAUGCUUAACCUAUGCACAUCACCAAAAGUCGUAUAUCAACACACCAAGUAUCACAAGCAAACAAAGAACCAAUGGGCUCGUGAUGAUCCUGCAUUUGUUGUCAUAUGCAGUCUUCUUUUUUCAGUUUCCCUUAUUGCAUAUUGUGCUGCGUACGACCAUAGUGCAGGGCAUGCUGUUUUUGUAGUUAUAUCAUCUUUGUUCGUCCAUUUCUUUCUAAUUGGUGCAAUUUUGGCUACAUUUUGUUGGUUUUUCACUAACAAUUAUCUCCGAGAAGAAGCUCCGCACAGUUACGUGGUGGAGCAACGGGUGGAAUGGUUGUACGCCUUUGAUGUACACUGCAACUCUUUCUUCCCUAUGUUUGUACUGCUUUAUGUUCUUCAUUAUUUCUUAUCACCUCUGCUAGUGGCUCAUGGUUUUAUUCCCUUACUACUUUCAAAUGUGCUCUUCAUGGUAGCUGUAUCCUAUUACCAUUACCUAAAUUUCUUAGGCUAUGAUGUAUUACCCUUCCUGGUGAGGACCACUGUGUUCCUGUAUCCAAUUGGUGUUGUUCUAGUUCUUUCCCCCAUAUUAUGUCUAAGUGGCUUCAACCCAUCGAGAUAUUUCAUGAACAUGUAUUUUAGUCAAAGGCAAUACAUCAGCUAACAACUCCUCACGUAGCAUGGCACUACCCGAGACGAUCCUGUUAACCCAGUAGCUUGAUACUGGUUUUUUUCACAUGGGAUAGAUCGGUGGAGAGAAUUGUCUCGGCACACUUCAACUAGUAUGUUAGGCGCUCCGCUUCUGAGUAAAGUAAGAAUGCAUCGGAGCGCUUUAAGUGGUCUCUUCCUAACUAGGAUCGCGGGUUAGGCGUAGCAUUUUUGUAAUACUUUUUGCUUCUUGACCGACUCGUAUUCUGAGCUUACUAUCAAUGGCCUUCAAUAGUGAAUGUUCAUAAUAGAGAGAUUACUGCA